AUUUUGCAAUGAGUUGUGAAAUGAAACACGAUUUGCUCAGCAAUCACAGUCGACAUCUCUCAAAAAACAACAACAUCAACACUAAUUCUACUUCAGCUACUCAUCUUUUCUCUCUGCCGACUAAUCUGAUACAGGAACAAUCUCUACUUGACAAUCUCCCCUCUCCAUUUUUACAUGUAGAAGCUACUUGAUGUCCUGAAAAAUCCUUCAAAGCUCAAAUUUGGUCGAUUAAUUGGAAGCAGUAGUAAGGGUAGGGAUAGGGGGGUAGUUAAGUGGAUGUCUGAUGCAGUUCAUCUGUCAACUUCUCAUCAACUGCAGAAGAAGAUGUCAUCCGGCGAGAGACGACAGAUUGUUCAACUACACUCUCUGCAUCUCAGACAUUCUACAGCUGAGAAGUUGUUGCAAAUAUUCACUACAAGUCGUCAACAACUCACAGCUCCAGUUUCCAUUUCUAGCGUCGCAAAAGUUACAAUCGGAAAUGGAAAGUAGAAACAAUUUAAAUUUUCUCAAUUUUAUGAGGCGGAAAACUUUGUGGAAAUUCAGUUCUAUGAAGAUCGGACUGCAAAUUUUACGAGUGGAUGGUGGGAAAAGUUCAUUCGAUGUUCUUUCAUUUUUCCACCAGUUUGAGAGUUUGUUCUGGAAAAGCGUGACUGAUUUAGUGUUGGUCGUUCCCCCCAACUCCACGUCCUCAAUCAACAAUCUAUGUCAGAACUUGUCUCGAUCUAUGUUCAGAAAAGACACACGCAUGCAAUUAUGCUUUCAACAGUCAGUCUCAAAUGUCCAGCACAUUUCUACUCAUCAUAUUACUGCAAUUUAUCUAGUCUAUCAUGUUAUGCAGUGUUUAAAACACACAGAUUUGCAUUCAUUGACCAAGUUCACCAACAUAAAUAAUCUCUGUUUAACUAGAACUGUUUUGCAUUUGGACCAAAUAGCACAGUUUCCCAGCCUCCAGAAAUUGUCCAUUACGAGUUUGGAAAUUCCGGAUUUCGAAAAUGAAGACACGUUUUCAAAUGGCAGCUAUAAAAAGUAUCCAAGUGUCACAGAUUUGUGCUUGAACUGUCAAAAAGUGGAAAACAUCCGAAAACUGCCAGAAAUCAUCAACAAAAGUUUCCAUAAUUUGGUGUACUUUCAUUUUUAUUACAUCUUCAGCGAACCAGUUGCCAGUUUGCAGUUUGAAACACUGCCUGUACUUUGCAAUACUCUGAGUGUCCCAUCGCAUGCAUUAAGUCAUUUCGUCAGUUGUGAAAGAAUUAAGAACUUGAAAAUCGAAGUCACUUGCGAGAAACUGUUUGUCCCGAUUUUCACCCAAUGUUUCUUUUCAACGUUCAAGUUUUCCCUUUCUGUGUUGAAUUUGGUGUUCAGCUAUCGCUCUGUUGAACUGAAACAAGUUGUGCUCUGUGUUUCUGACGUUCUGAAGCUGCAAACUUACUUGGAAGUGUUGAGUGUGCGCACAAAUAACUUAUUCGUCAUGGAUAAUGAUGGAGACGAAAACAUGGAAAAAAUUUGGGAAAAAUUCCACAAAAUUGCAGAAAACCACUCUGUGAAAUUUAUCAUAUUGGGAAGAUUAGUUGCAGAGUUGAAAUGUAGUUUAAACGGAGAGAUUAUUCGAAAGUUGGAUUCACUGGAUCAACUUUACUGUUGGAGUUUGAGGACCAGAAACAACAGAGUAAUCCCAAUAGAGUCACAAUGUAUUUUGAGUGCAUUAGCUGCACUGCAGACAAUGAGAUAGAUUGAAUCAGAUCAUUUUGUGUGCAGCACUUUGUUCCAAUAGAAGACAUUUUGUACAGCCAUUUUUAAAAGUGAAACAAAUUGUUUAUAGUUUGUUAAUUCUAGUUCAU